AUGCCGGAGGAAGAUUUGGUAGAACUUAAAUUUCGGUUAUCUGACGGUUCAGAUGUUGGACCGUUUCAGUACCCUCCAACCGCCACAGUGGGAAUCCUCAAGGAGAGAAUCGUCUCUGAAUGGCCUAAAGACAAGAAGGUUGUUCCAAAAGCAGCUAGUGGCAUUAAGUUGAUAAAUGCUGGUAAGAUCCUGGAGAAUGGUAGAACAGUUGCACAGUGUAAAGCUCCUUUUGCUGAUCUCCAUAAAUCCGUCAUUGCAAUGCAUGUUGUCGUGCAACCGUCACCAACAAAAGCAAGACCAGAGAAGAAAAUUGAAGAGGAAGAUGCCUCACAGAGAAGCUUUUGUUCAUGUACCAUAAUGUGA